GAUGGUAUUGCUGUUGUUAAGCAAGCCUGCUCUGCAACUUGGCACAGAGGGGGAAAAAAAGUCAUCCUCUUUAUCAAGAAUAUCAAGAAUGAGGGGCAUUAUUAUUUUUUUUUAAAUUGGCAUUUUAAAAAAUUAAGUUCUAAGGCCCUGGGAGCCUACGGAAGAGUCUCAAGGACCACAAUGUGUGUGGAAGGGCCGGAUAGCAGUGGGCAAGGCUGACUGGGUGGAGCUGCCCUGUUUAAUAAGAGCAGGCCUGCUUUUGUCUGUUUUCUACACCAUGAUUCUGGAUGAGAUUUUACAUCAAAAAGGAGAGUGGUAAUAUGAUUAAAAUAGGAGCAGCUUUGGCAGCAAAACAGAAGAAAUAAGCCAAACGCUGACAUUAAUUGACUAAAAGCUAAUGAAAGCAGAACUGAAUCAAUCAAUUACAGCAAAAUUGAACAUCACUUGACAAUAUCUAGAAUUCAAUAUUUUUUAAGUAGACCAGUAAUAGCUCAAAGUGGUAUGUAUUUCAUUGGCCUAGGCCUGAAAUUCUCCUCUUUCCUCUGGCUCACCUCUGAGACUAAGGACACUGAGAAGCCUCUGCAAUGGAUGGGCUCAACUGGUCAACCAGCCCUCCUACACUAUAUGGUACACAAUAUUAGUGUUUACCAACCCCUCCUUGUUCUGGCCAAUGCAAUGUGAGUAGAAGUAGUGUGUGUUUUCUCUUUGACUCUGAGCAAGUUGCUGACCUGUCUCAUUUUUCUCAUCUAUAAAGCAUAAUAUCUACAUUACAGGGUUGCUGAAAAGAUCAAAUUAUAAACACACACAUGCACGCAUACCUAGCAUUUAACAUAACUAACAGUUGGUAGGGAAUCAAUAAACCUAGGUACCCUUUCUCUCUGUUCCCUUCCUUCUAACCAUUUCUAAGCUUGGUAAUUUGCUGUUUUCAUCUCACAGGCUCUAGAACUAGGACUCCUUAAAGUCCUUACUCCAAGGUCUGCGUCCUCUACAUCCCUGCUAGGGCUUUGAAACUAGAAGUGAAUGCUGCCAGAUCCUCUAACUUAUCGCUCUUUGUAGUGCACUUCAACUCUAAAGACGAAAUCACGGCCAGGGCGACAGGCUAAAGUCUGAGUCAGGGUGAGCUUUUGGGGAAACGGCGUGGAGCGGGUGGUGGUGUCAGCUCUCUCCUCGCCUACACUUCAGCUCCUUUCUGCCUACAUCCAUUCAGGGCAUUGCCCUGUUUGUCUCCUCAGCUGUCUUCUGUAUUAACCUCCAGCCUGUUGGGUGCAUUCAGUUCUGCCAGCUGGACUUUCAAUAUGUAUUAAAAAAGACACACAAACAAAAAACAAAAACAAAAACAAAAAAACUUUACUAGAAGCCAAAGGAAAACCAUCAUAUUCAAAAAUAUAAAUACAAAAGCAAAGAAAUGCAUACAUUUACUGGACAAAGAGGUCUCAUCUUGAGUAAACUGGGAGCACUCCGAGAUGUCUGGAGGUCUUGGAGGCUAGACGCUAUCCAUUGAUACCUCCUGUCAAAUUCUGAACAUGCAGAAAUUACCAGAUCUCAAAGUCUUCAUUUCUUGUUGAAUUUUAAUGAAAAAAACUUCCCUGGAUCCCACCGUAGGUGAGUCUUGGAACAGGGUGUUAAUCUUUAUAUUAUAAAAUGUCCUUGACUAGAGAGAAUAGGCAGUAUGAAACAUUAUAUUUUUAAAAAGGAAACAUAAUAUUGAAAAAAGAAAGAGAAAUACUGUUGCAGUGACUUGGAAUCCCCAGUUCUCAAAGGGAAGAAGGCCAAUGAAGUGGGAGAAGAAAGUCUGAGAACCGCAUGAAAAGGGUCCUGUUCCCACUAGGACCAUGGUCCACUCACCAAAUUAUCAGAGACGUUUGAACCAGAGCAACUCCAUCUUGAAUAGGAGCUGGGUAAAAUAAGGCUGAGACCUACUGGGCUACACUCCCAGGAGGUUAGACAUUCUAAGUCACAGAAUGAGAUAGAAGGUAGGCACAAGAUACAGGUCAUAAAGACCUUGCUGAUAAAACAGGCUGCAGUAAGGAAGCUGGCCAAAACCCACCAAAACCAGGAUGGCAAUGAGAGUGUCCUCUGGUCGUCACUGCUACAGUCUCACCAGCUCCAUGACAGUUUACAAAUGCCAUUGCAACGUCGGGAAGCUACCCUAUAUGGUCGAAAAAGGGGAGGCAUGCAUAAUUUCCCCCGUUUAGCAUAUAAUCAAGAAAUAACCCUAAAAAUGGACAACCAACAGCCCUUGGGGGUGCUCUGCCUAUGAGUAGCCACUCUUUUAUUCCUUUAGUUUCUUAAUUACUUGCUUUCACUUUACUCCAUGGACUCCCCUCAAAUUCUUCCUUGCGCAAAAUCCAAGAACCCUCUCUUGGGGUCUGGAACGGGACCCCUUUUCGGUAAUAAACUUGUAGCAUUUGGUGUUUUAAUGUUUGUGUUUUCUUGACUUGUUACCUCAUUUAGCCUCAACUGUUUAAAGAUGGUCUUUUUGGCCAUUUUAUUCAGCUUUAAUUGUUCUAAGGGGAGUGAAGAAAUGGUCAUUUACUUUGAAAAAUCAGAGGGAACGUGUUGAUGCGGGAAGCAGCUAAUCCUUGGGGUACAGUGGCCCUUGGUAGUGCAGGAAAGUCCUGGGGGCCACCUCUAACCCACCUUCCUCCUCUACAGCAUCUCCCACUGUAGUCAUUCUCUACCGAAGCCCCAGAAGGUGCGGCACUUUGCCACAACAGAGUACUGGGUUCGUGUUUCUUUCUGAGGCGGGCCAAGAGCUCUCAGCCCACUGGCAGUGGCGAGAUGACGGACACCCAGCGAGUCCAAUAGGCGUCGAACGCGUCUAGGCUUGGUGGACUUGUCAGCGCCUGCCUGGCUUCGGUCCCCAACUUGAGCACCGGCCCUUUCCUGCAUGCCCCUAACCCUCGCAACGCUAAACAGUGAAAAAAAAAAAAAAGACAAAAACAAAAAGCAUCUCAACACACACACACACACGGAUCCUCGUUCAGAAAGGCGUGCACUUCCUACGCCUGAUCCGCCGCAUCGCAACCUCGCAGCUUCCCCGGCGUGCAGCGCUCAUUUACCAAUUCCCUUCCUGGGGGCUGCGGCCUACCUCGCUCGGCCCACUCCUGUUUACCCUUUCCCCAGCUCCCGCCUUAGUCAGGGGCUUCCCCGCCUGCCGCUAGGGCUCGGGCCGAAGCGCCGCUCCGCGCCCGCCUGCCGCUCCCCGGGCUCCACUUUCACUUUCGGUCCUGGGGCAGCUAGGCCGGCAGCAGUGGUGGCGGCGGCGGCGCAAGGGUGAGCGCGGCCCCAGAACCCCAAGAACAGCGCGCUCGAGCCGCGGGUAGGUAGAGCAAGAAGAUGGUGUUUCUGCCCCUCAAAUGGUCCCUUGCAACCAUGUCAUUUCUACUUUCCUCACUGUUGGCUCUCUUAACUGUGUCCACUCCUUCAUGGUGUCAGAGCACUGAAGCAUCUCCAAAAGGUAGUGGUGGGACGCCAUUUCCUUGGAAUAAAAUACGACUUCCUGAGUACGUCAUCCCAGUUCAUUAUGAUCUCUUGAUCCAUGCAAACCUUACCACGCUGACCUUCUGGGGAACCACGAAAGUAGAAAUCACAGCCAGUCAGCCCACCAGCACCAUCAUCCUGCAUAGUCACCACCUGCAGAUAUUUAGGGCCACCCUCAGGAAGGGAGCUGGAGAGAGGCUAUCAGAAGAACCCCUGCAGGUCCUGGAACACCCCCCUCAGGAGCAAAUUGCACUGCUGGCUCCCGAGCCCCUCCUUGUUGGGCUCCCAUACACAGUUGUCAUUCACUAUGCUGGCAAUCUUUCGGAGACUUUCCACGGAUUUUACAAAAGCACCUACAGAACCAAGGAAGGGGAACUGAGGUUACUAGCAUCAACACAAUUUGAACCCACUGCAGCUAGAAUGGCCUUUCCCUGCUUUGAUGAACCUGCCUUCAAAGCAAGUUUCUCAAUCAAAAUUAGAAGAGAGCCAAGGCACCUAGCCAUCUCCAAUAUGCCAUUGGUGAAAUCUGUGACUGUUGCUGAAGGACUCAUAGAAGACCAUUUUGAUGUCACUGUGAAGAUGAGCACCUAUCUGGUGGCCUUCAUUAUUUCAGAUUUUGAGUCUGUCAGCAAGAUAACCAAGAGUGGAGUCAAGGUUUCUGUUUAUGCUGUGCCAGACAAGAUAAAUCAAGCAGAUUAUGCACUGGAUGCUGCGGUGACUCUUUUAGAAUUUUAUGAGGAUUAUUUCGGCAUACCAUAUCCCCUACCCAAACAAGAUCUUGCUGCUAUUCCCGACUUUCAGUCUGGUGCUAUGGAAAACUGGGGACUGACAACAUAUAGAGAAUCUGCUCUGUUGUUUGAUGCAGAAAAGUCUUCUGCAUCAAGUAAGCUUGGCAUCACAAUGACUGUGGCCCAUGAACUGGCCCACCAGUGGUUUGGGAACCUGGUCACUAUGGAAUGGUGGAAUGAUCUUUGGCUAAAUGAAGGAUUUGCCAAAUUUAUGGAGUUUGUGUCUGUCAGUGUGACCCAUCCUGAACUGAAAGUUGGAGAUUAUUUCUUUGGCAAAUGUUUUGAUGCAAUGGAGGUAGAUGCUUUAAAUUCCUCACACCCUGUGUCUACACCUGUGGAGAAUCCUGCUCAGAUCCGGGAGAUGUUUGAUGAUGUUUCUUAUGAUAAGGGAGCUUGUAUUCUGAAUAUGCUAAGGGAGUAUCUUAGUGCUGAUGCAUUUAAAAGUGGUAUUGUACAGUAUCUCCAGAAGCAUAGCUAUAAAAAUACAAAAAACGAGGACCUGUGGGAUAGUAUGGCAAGUAUUUGCCCUACAGAUGGUGUAAAAGGGAUGGAUGGCUUUUGCUCUAGAAGUCAACAUUCAUCUUCAUCCUCACAUUGGCAUCAGGAAGGGCUGGAUGUGAAAACCAUGAUGAACACUUGGACACUGCAGAAGGGUUUUCCCCUAAUAACCAUCACAGUGAGGGGGAGGAAUGUACACAUGAAGCAAGAGCACUACAUGAAGGGCUCUGACGGCGCCCCGGACACUGGGUACCUGUGGCAUGUUCCAUUGACAUUCAUCACCAGCAAAUCAGACAUGGUCCAUCGAUUUUUGCUAAAAACAAAAACAGAUGUGCUCAUCCUCCCAGAAGAGGUGGAAUGGAUCAAAUUUAAUGUGGGCAUGAAUGGCUAUUACAUUGUGCAUUACGAGGAUGAUGGAUGGGACUCUUUGACUGGCCUUUUAAAAGGAACACACACAGCAGUCAGCAGUAAUGAUCGGGCGAGUCUCAUCAACAAUGCAUUUCAGCUCGUCAGCAUUGGGAAGCUGUCCAUUGAAAAGGCCUUGGAUUUAUCCCUGUACUUGAAACAUGAAACUGAAAUUAUGCCCGUGUUUCAAGGUUUGAAUGAGCUGAUUCCUAUGUAUAAGUUAAUGGAGAAAAGAGAUAUGAAUGAAGUGGAAACUCAAUUCAAGGCCUUCCUCAUCAGGCUGCUAAGGGACCUCAUUGAUAAGCAGACGUGGACAGACGAGGGCUCAGUCUCAGAGCGAAUGCUGCGGAGUCAACUACUACUCCUCGCCUGUGUGCACAACUAUCAGCCCUGCGUACAGAGGGCAGAAGGCUAUUUCAGAAAGUGGAAGGAAUCCAAUGGAAACUUGAGCCUGCCUGUGGACGUGACCUUGGCAGUGUUUGAUGUGGGGGCCCAGAGCACAGAAGGCUGGGAUUUUCUUUAUAGUAAAUAUCAGUUUUCUUUGUCCAGUACUGAGAAAAGCCAAAUUGAAUUUGCCCUCUGCAGAACCCAAAAUAAGGAAAAGCUUCAAUGGCUACUAGAUGAAAGCUUUAAGGGAGAUAAAAUAAAAACUCAGGAGUUUCCACAAAUUCUUACACUCAUUGGCAGGAACCCAGUAGGAUACCCAUUGGCCUGGCAAUUUCUGAGGAAAAACUGGAACAAACUUGUACAAAAGUUUGAACUUGGCUCAUCUUCCAUAGCCCACAUGGUAAUGGGUACAACAAAUCAAUUCUCCACAAGCACAUGGCUUGAAGAGGUAAAAGGAUUCUUCAGCUCUUUGAAAGAAAAUGGUUCUCAGCUCCGUUGUGUCCAACAGACAAUUGAAACCAUUGAAGAAAACAUCGGUUGGAUGGAUAAGAAUUUUGAUAAAAUCAGAGUGUGGCUGCAAAGUGAAAAGCUUGAACAUGAUCCUGAAGCUGACGCAACAGGAUGAAAAUCCAUCAGAAUCUCAGACUACAGCACUAAAUAUGCUUUGAUGCUACAUCAAAAGGAAUGGAAGCAUAGCUGACUUCGCUAAAGUUACUUCAUCUCCAUCUAGCAAAUGAGGCACUGUUCUCAACCAAAGGAGAUGGGGAUCUGGUUUAGGGCAAUCCCUUUAUAAUUUGAUGUGCUGUGGUCUCCUUGGUAAUGUAUAAUUUGGUAUUGCACAGGUGAUUAGUCAAGGAAGUCUGGAAAAGCUUUGGUCCCACAGCCUUGCCUCACAGCAUGUAAAUAAUUAAGACAAUAUUGAUGCUGAGGUUCUUCUACUGCUAGCAUGAAAGUGACAAAUUUUUACUGGUGUGAAUUGGGAAGAAAACAAUGCUAUUCCAUGACGUUUGUAAAAUUUUUGUAAAAUGUUUGUAAAAGCUCAAACACGACAAUUCCAUAGAAUAAACUUGAGGUUAAAUAAUGGGUAGUAAAUUAUAGAAUGUAUAAGAAAAAAUAUAAAGGAGAAAAUCAAUUAUCAGGAAAGCUAAAGAACUUUUCAAAUCUAGUAAUUUGAAUACAGACACAAUGCACUUUAUUGCACUUUCAAUUCUUAUAAAGCAACAAUAAUAUUAAGGUCCUUGACUAUGUGUACAAUGUUUUCACAUAUAUAGUAUCAUUUAAUCAUUUCAAAGUUAAUCUCUGCCAUCUCCCUAAAUCAUCAGUCUCGGCUCUUCUGAAAUAGAAGGUGCCUGAUCUUCCUAAUAAUUCUGACUAUUUUCAUUUGCUUUAAACAGGUGCCCUAUUUUCUUUCUAGUUGUGGCUGCGCAAAAACAUUUAUCUCCCAAAUAAGAUGUGCUGCUUACCGAGGUAUCACGGGGUGGGGCUCCAGCGUGGGUGGUUGAAGCUGGGGUUUGGGAAACCACUUCAGAGACGGCAGCAGCAAGUUUAGCAUCUUCAAAUUUCUUUCAUUGAAAAAAAUUUUAUUAGUAACAUGUUGUAUAUAAAAUUAUGACCACAAUGCCAUCACUUAACUAUAACUCUUAAAGAUAGCUUAAUGACUGUUUAUUCUCUUGACCAAAUAGACUUAUAAUAACAUAUAAUUUUAAAAGAAAUUUAAAUUCUUUCUUCUCUAUUGUAUUAUUUUAUACAAUUUCCUAUUUCUAUUUCCUUCUCAUAUUGAUUAUUCUAAAUACUAUGCAAUAAUAUAAUUUAGAGUUCCAUGGUUUGUUUACACAUUUCCUGUUGUACAUUUAGGUUAUUCAAAGUAUUCAGCUCUUUUAAAAUUGCUCUGAAUAAGUUCUAGUAAGUAAGUUAUGGUGCUGGCUAUAUUUUGCCAAACUGCCCUCUCAAAUGUUGCUAGGAAUUCAUACUGCAAAAAGCAAUGAAUAAGCAUGCCUGUUUUCCCAUGGCCUUGCUUGCCAGAAUUUGACUUUUAUUACAUAUUUUUAUUUCUGAUAAUCAGGGUAAAAUGAUAUACUACUAUUGCUUGUAUAUUGUGGUAUAUGGUGUCAGGUUUCAGGUUUUUUUUCAACGUUAAAUAUUCUAGAAACUUUCUGAAAUAAUUUCUGUUUAAAAAUAUUGAAUAUUUGCUUCAUUUCAAAUACUCCCUUUUGACAAAAAACUUAGGUAUAAUUGUUGAUGAAAAACCAGAAAAAAGUCCAGAACUCUUUGGUGACUCCAACUAUGGAUAGCUUAUUUUGAAAAAGGAGAAUUGCAAAUUUUACCGAAAGAUGGAGAAAAGCACAUUAAAAAGAUAUCAACAUUCAGAAAUUUAUUUCAGCAUGUUAUUAUUGGAAAUUAUUUAAACUAAUUUAGAUAACUAUAAGAUACUUAUUGUCCAUUUAUACCCUGUAAAGCCGUUUUAGAAUGUAAUAUUUUAGGUAAUCUAAAAUGUACUAAAUUAAAUUCAUUUUUAGUUAUGAGAAAUCUUUGCUUAUAUGACAAAUGAAAAGAAUAACAAGUUGUCAAAUGAAAAGAAUGACAUUGAAACAUUUGUAUUGUCUCUUCUUAAACUAUCUUAUUGACUUAUUAUUUAAGCCUUUUAAUACUAAGUAUGAAACAACCUAUGGUGUGGAAAUUUGUAUCACAAAGCUAUAUGUGCAUAUGUUAUUUAAUUCAUCUAAUGCUACACAAAAGCAUAAAAUAAUGAUUUUUCACUCUCUUUAAAAAUACUAAAUCAUUUAUGUCCAUUUCUCAAUUUUUUCAUUGAUCUAUGCUUUGAGUUUGCUUUCUCAACAUUAUUGUAUUUUCUAUUUAUUAUUACUGUAUAACAUAUGCUAGUGUUUAGUUGGAUUAAUCUUACCUAAAAGUACUGAAAAAUGCUUUUUAGUACUUUUUCAUAUUUUAUACAUUUAUUUUCCAAAUGUAUCAUUGAAUAAUUUUAUUGAGUUAUAAAAAGUAUCUUAUUGCUAUUUAAUAAAAAAUUAACAUAUAAAA